GGGAGGAAACCGUGAUGCCCGGAGAAAAGCCACGCAGGCACAGGGGACAACAUGCAAACUCCACACAGGCGAGGCCGGGAUUUGAACCCCGGUCCUCAGAACUGUGAGGCAGAUGUGCUAACCAGUCGCCCACCGUUCCGCCGUCCUAUAUAUAAUAGCGAAAAAAAAAGCAGUAAAGAUGGUAAGUCCAACAUUAUAUAAAUUGCACACAUAUGCAUUCAAACUGCCCCGUAUUGCCUCCCGGCCUUAAGAGGUGCCCCUGUGCUUCAUUGUUAAUCCACUCACUCGCUCUCUCCUUUGUGUGGGCAUACACGCUGGACUGCUGACCGGGGUCCGAACAUACUGGACCGCCUUUGUCUCUUCUCUGUGAUAUGUGCUGAGCUGGUCACUGCAUGGGGGCGCGCCUCUCCGUGGGCUGCAAAGGCAAACAGUGCAAGAGUGAACGUGGCCUCGCGCUAAACGCGCAGCUGCAGAAGCGCCCCACCCAUACUCCAUCCCUCAUUGACCGCUCCCACCCUGCAUGACCUGUCUGUCCAUAUAAAACUGAAGCGCCAGGUUCUCCCAAAACUCUACGCGAGGCAGGCAGUAGGUGCGUUCCAGUCCAGAGCUCUUCCCCAAAUUAAGUAGACACUUUCUCAUAGGUCCAUGUGUUUGUCUUCACCAUGCAUCAAGGAGUAAAGAAAGAUGCUCAGAACUACAAGGUCCCCAAUGAUGCAACCCCUGGCUAACAGAGGAUUGGGGAUGGCCCCCUUCUUUAAGGUGACUGUGUUCGAGCAGGAGCAUUUCCAGGGCAAGUGCCUGGAGUUCACCUCCGAGUGCGACAACAUCCUGGAGUGCGGUCUGGACAACAUCCGCUCCAUCAGGGUGGAAAGUGGCGCCUGGGUCGGUUUCGAGCACCAUGACUUCCAAGGCCAACAGUUGAUCUUGGAGAGAGGAGAGUACCCUCACUGGGACUCCUACAGCGGCUCCCUCUCUUAUCACGUGGAGCGGCUCAUGUCUCUGCGCCCCAUCUACUGUGCUUCUCACCAGAGCAGCCGCAUGGUCAUCUUCGAGAAGGAGAAUUUCAUGGGCCGCAGCGUAGAGCUCUGUGAUGACUACCCAUCUCUGCAGGCCAUGGGCUGGCUGACACCUGAAGUGGGCUCCAUGCAUGUGCAGUGUGGCGCCUUUGUGUGCUACCAGUUCCCUGGCUACAGAGGCCAGCAGUACAUCAUGGCGUGCGAGAGACACAGUGGGGACUACCAGCACUGCAAAAACUGGGGGUCCCACUGUCAGACUCCCCAGAUCCAGUCUAUCAGGCGCAUUCAGCACUGAGGUUAGGACAUCAAGACUGACAAAGCAGCUCCUGUCUCUCUAUGAUCGCCUUCUUUCUGUUGGGUGGAGUUGCAGCCCACUCCACACUGUUUCACAGAUGACUGUGAUAAGAGACAAUAUGACACUGUUAAAGCACAAGGAACUCCACAGUCCACACACAAACACACCGACAUAGAUGACACGCGGGGUCUUUAUUUGGUUUGAGGGCCCAACUCAAAAACACACACACUGGUGCUGUAGUUGAAGGCCACUUGGAGAACUUCCAACUUGAGGUACGGCUCACGUGUGUGCUUUUUGUGUGGAGGAGGUCACAGGUUGAUAGCAAAUAAAGUCAUUUUCACCUCAAA